UCUUUUAACUUUGCUAGUUAUUAUGAAAAUUAUAUGGUGCUACAAAGAGCGCCUCAUAAAGCCGUUAUCUGGGGUUAUUCCCCUAAUAUAGGAGAAAGAAUUAUAGUAAAAAUGAGCGAUACAGAAAAGAUAUAUAAAAGUAUAGUUAGUUUGGGUCCAGACGGCGUCAAUGGUGUUUGGAAAGUGUCCCUAGAUCCAGAAAAUCGAACUGAUGAGUUUACAAUAACAGCCAUAUCCAGUCAAGGUUCAAUAUCUAUUGCAUAUGUAUUAUUUGGUGAUGUUUGGUUAUGUUCUGGACAAUCUAAUAUGCAGUUUACUUUGAUACAGGCAUUCAAUGGAACUGAUCUAGCAAAUGAAGCAUCUAAGUACCCCAAUGUCCGAGUGCUUACUGUUUUACAAACACAAUCUAACAAACCAGAAUAUGACUUGAUAACAAUACAAGAACCUUGGUCUUUACCAAAUCAAAAAUCUAUUGGGUUUGCUCCGUGGAAGUAUUUCUCUGCUGUAUGCUGGUUGUAUGGUAGAAACUUGUAUGAUAGUAGACAAUAUCCUAUUGGUAUGAUUGCUACAGAUUGGGGUGGCACUCCAGUAGAAGCUUGGUCAUCAAAAGAUGCUUUACAAAAUUGUGGUCUUAAAGAAGAAGGUAGCUACAAAGUAUCUAAAGAAUGGACAGAUGGAAAUGAAGAUUUAGCUAUGGGUAAUAGUGAUCUAUGGAAUGCUAUGAUACAUCCAUUUUUAAACAUGACCAUAUAUGGUGCUAUAUGGUAUCAAGGUGAAGCUAAUCAAGUAACCAAUGUCAAUCUGUAUAACUGUACAUUUCCCUCAAUGAUUGAUGAUUGGAGAUUGAAAUUUUCUUCUAGUGGUAAUACAGAUCCUGUCUUUCCCUUUGGUUUUGUUCAAGUGACAAAUAGACCUGAUCCAACUGUAACAACAGGUUUUACUGAUAUAAGAUGGCAUCAAACAGCAGAUUUUGGUUAUGUACCUAAUAAGAAGAUGCCUAAAGUGUUUAUGGCCGUUGCCAUGGAUUUGCCUGAUUUUGUUUCGCCCUAUGGAAGUAUACAUCCAAGAGAUAAGGUUGAUGUGGGUAACAGACUGACUUUAAGUGGAUUAGCUAUAGCUUACAAUGAUACAUCAGUUAAACAAUGGUCUGGACCUUUACCAACAACAAUUUCUUUAUCAUCCAAACAAGUACAACUAGAAUAUGAUGUUUCUCUAGAAAUUAGGAAUCUCAAAUUUCUACCAUCUAUAUUUCAGCUAUGUUGUUCUAUUGGUGGAAGUAAAUCAUGUACAGCAGGUAAAUCAUGGUGGCUACCUACACCAAUAAUAUCAUCAACAUCUACUUCUAUUACUAUAUAUUCUAUCUGUGAUGAUGAUAUAUUGGGUGUACGAUAUGCUUGGAGAGAAACACCAUGUCAGUUUAAACAGUGUGCUGUUUAUAGCAGUGAUGCUAAACUACCCGGUCCACCAUUUAUUUGGUAUCGGCCUACCGGUUCUAAUAGUAAUAAAUACCCAUUAUUAUGGGACGAACCUGUUAAUAUUCAUUAA